AUGUUGCAUUCGGAAUAUAGAACUGAUCAUCAGCUGAAGCCUGACGAAAGAGUCAUCUUUCCAUUGAAAGAAAUACAUAUAAAAGUCGAACCUUAUGACAAAGAUGACGAUGUGGACCUUGAGACCAAAUUAAAGGAGCAAGAAGCAGAAGAAAUAGAAAUAUUCAUAAAGGAGGAAAGAAUCGAAGACGAAGAAGAGAUCUGCAUCAAAAGUGAAAUCAUAGAAGACCCUCAUCCCAAUAGUAUCACGAUCAAAGAAGAAUCACUUGAAGAUAACAGCCCUGCUAUACACCCUGCUCAAUAUCAUAAAGAAAUCUUCCUCAGAAAGGACUUUUACGCAAGCUCUUCUCAAGAACAACGAGUUCUUUCAUCAACGUUUCUUCGCGAGAAGGGCUUGGUCAUGAAUGUAAAAGAAAGACGAAACGCAUGCUCAGACCCAUCUCGUGAAUUUCACUGUGAUCUCUGCCCCAAAGAAAAGCCUCGAACCUUCACUUCAAUGGAAAAUCUUUGGCGGCACUUUUGCCAGCAUCUUGGUCAUUAUAUUUUUCACUGCGAUCAUUGCGAAAAAGGAUUCUAUAGAAAGGACAAACUGGAUAUUCAUUUAAAGAACAAUCAUCCUGAAGUUUCCCGACCUCCAAAACGAUACAGAGCUCCGAAUAAAAGCAGGGCGUUUCCUGAUAAGAGGAAACUAAGGGAAAUUUUACCAAAAAUAAACAAAGUCGAUUAA